UAUUUAUUGUAAUGUAUUGCGCAUGCGUCCAAGCGGGAGUUUAUAUUCGGACAUGUUUGGGACUUUUAAGUGGAUGAUUUGAAUAAGUUUCUGUUUAGUUUUAGUAGUAAGCGACCAUUUGCGGUCUACUUUUGAUAUAUCUAAAAUACUUUAUCAGAUGUUGUUUGUAAUUAAGUUAUUACUGACAGUCUGGGUUCAAUAAUGACAAAGGAUCAGACAAGAAAAGGAAGCAAGCCCCCAAAACAUUGGUCGCAGAACGUUCAUGAAUGUGUGCUUUCCAGCGCGGCAAACGGCAAUCCACUGUUCCAUUGCAAAGGUGGUGCAGAAAAUGGCCAGUUUCUUUACCUUGGAGAUAUAAAACACGAGAAACUGCUUAUUCGGAGUGGGAAAUUACAUUCGGAUGAGAUACUGUUGCAGGUUAACGGCAGUAAAGUUUCUGGGUGUACAUUAUGGGAUGUAGAGCCAAUGCUGAAACAGAUCACGGACAAACCAUUUCACCUGAAGACAGUUAAACCAGGUCCGACUCUUACCAAAGACCUGAGACGGUAUCUUAACAUAAGGUUUCAAAAAGGAUCUGUGGACCACGAACUCCAGCAGACUAUACGAGACAAUUUGUAUAUGCGGACAGUGCCAUGUACGACACGAGCUCCAAGAGACGAGGAGGUUGAUGGAAUUGACUACAAGUUCUUAUCCGUUGAGCAGUUUAUCGCACUGGAGAAGACGGGUCACCUGCUUGAGAGUGGGAUAUUUGACGGCAAUCACUACGGUACACCUAAACCGCCUGCAACACCAGACGCUUCCGUGCCAUCCACCCCUCAAAAGCAACCAAAUAACACCAACCCAGAUCAUAGGCCUGGGGCCAGACCAUCCUCCCAAGGUAAAAGGCAAAGAAACAAAUCCAGCAUAGAAGCAACAACGUUAAAUUCAAAGAUGGUUGAUGAAUCAGAACAGAAGAGACAAGAUGAGAUGGAUAAACGCUUGCAAGAAUUAGGGCCUCUGCCCUUGGAUUGGGAGGUAGCGUUUACAGAUCAGGGAGAUAUGUAUUUUAUUAACCACGUAACAGAAACAACGCAAUGGUUGGAUCCAAGGCUGGAAAUGAAACGGAAGAAAGAUCUUCUUGAAUGUGAUGAUGACGAAUUACCAUAUGGAUGGGAAAAAAUAGACGACCCACAGUUUGGUAGUUAUUUCAUAGAUCACGUGAACAGAAAAACACAGUAUGAGAACCCGGUGAAGCAAGCAAAGAAAGAACACGAAAAAGAAAAACCUUCAACAUUACCGAGACCAAACAAGAAAGGCAAGAUCCCACCCCCAGCCCCACCUCGCACAGUCAGCGAAGGAAAUAUCACUUUAAAACAGGCCAACGGACCAGUACAGACUGAAUCAGCGUUUACACCUACUAUGUCCCCAACAGCCUCGGAGUGGAGAGCCAUGUUUACCAGCAAUCCAAACGAGUUGAAAGGAACAAGGAUAAAAACAACAUUACUUAAGAGUACAAGAGGUUUCGGAUUCACCAUCAUCGGAGGUGACGACCCAGAGGAGUUCUUGCAGAUCAAGAGUGUUGUAGAAGGAGGUCCAGCUUACGAUGACGGUGUCUUACGAAUGGGUGAUGUCUUAGUUUAUGUUAAUGAUACAUUAGUACUGGGGUUUACGCAUCAUGAUGUUGUUAAGAUGUUCCAAGCUGUUCAUCCGGGCGAGCCUGUUGACCUAGAUGUAUGUCGCGGUUAUCCUUUGCCGUUUGAUCCCGACGAUCCAUAUACACACAUCGUCCUCCCAGACCAAAAGAAACCACAGGAUAACUACAAUCCCAGUAGUCCGUACAAAGGGCAAGAGUAUGACAAUGCCUCUCACAGUAGCGCCAGUAGUCAGGAACCACAAGGAGACCCACGCUACCGAGCUACAAAAUAUAGCGAAGCACAUAAAUCAUUGCCAGAUCUUUCACAGAAGAAAGCUCCGGAAGAGAUUCAUAAGCGAGCUAAAACGCCAACACCAGGCAAGCAGGGUUACCACAACAAUGCACACAUGUCACCGGAACAUCGACCGACGAGUUCUGAUAAACCGGAAUUCUUUGACAUUUGUGUCACAAAGGGAAAUAUGGGAUUUGGGUUCACAAUUGCUGAUAGUCCAUAUGGCCAAAAGGUGAAACAGAUUUUGGAUAGCGAGCGUUGUAAAACCCUGAGAGAGAGUGAUAUUCUCAUGGAAAUAAAUGAUGAGUAUAUUCGUGAUCGACCUCAUACUUAUGUUGUGAAUCUACUAAAGAAUUGUCCAAAUGGAGUCGAGGCAGCUCUUGUAGUACAACGAGGAGGGAUGCUAAAACCUGUCAAGAACAACAACAUGCUGACCAAAGUAACCACGAACCCUAGCCCAAUGGAUAAGAAACCGGAAGAUAGGAGAUCAUCACCAACAGCUGGACAAAGGAAGGAAGCUGAAGACCGAAAUGACUAUAAUCGUAUGAAUGGCCCCACGGCAGGAAACUUUGGCAAACCGCUAAAAGGAGAAGAUCGCAAAACAUCUGACUCGGAUGGGAGGCAUCCAGAAGCCGACCGGAUCUCAACAAGCUCAUUAGGAAAACGUGAUGUUGAAAAUGACAAAAAAGAUGGUGAUAGAAGAGAUUCUGAAAGAAUAGAUCAUGAUGAACGGUUACGACCAAAUGAUUACAGGAGGAAAGAUGAACCUGAUGACAGGAUACUGAGAGAGAGACAGGAACAUGAAAGAACAGCGCCUCCACUCCGAGACAGGUAUGACCCUGAUGGCAGGUAUGGAAAGGGAAGGUAUGACGACCAGCGAGGCCCGCCACCAAAUUCUUAUAGUGAUUCUUAUCCUCGGCGGACUCCACCCAUUGAGUACGAUGGUCAGUCGCGAUAUAACGGUAGGCCUAAGACCCCGGUUAUUGAUGGUUAUAAUUCCAGACCUCAAUAUCCAGAUGAGAGGGAUUACAGAAGCAGAACGCCAAAACCAGACAGGACCCCAUCUCCCUCCAAGGCAGCUCCCAUCAAAGGAGAACCUAUUGAUAGAAGACCGCCUUCGAGACCAGAGAUAGAUGAUAGACGACCGCCUUCAAGGCCAGAGGCAGACGAUAGAAGACCGCCCUCAAGACCUGAGGUAGAUGAUAGACGACCAGCCUCAAGGCCUCGAUUGGAACAGGACCCAAUGGGGGAUGAUUCCAACUAUAUGGAGACAACAGUAUUCUUGAAAAGGAAAGAACAAGGAUUCGGAUUCCGGAUUGUUGGAGGACAUGAAGAAGGCUCGCAGGUUUCUAUUGGUGCUAUUGUCUCCGGUAGUGCCGCCCAUCUUGAUGGACGACUGUUGACCGGUGAUGAGCUGCUGUAUGUCGAUGGACAAUCCGUGAUAGGUGCUUCGCAUCGUAAAGUGGUCAACCUAAUGGGAAGUGCUGCCCUUGCUGGACGUGUAUCACUAGGAAUUAGGAGACGAUUGACAACAAAUGAUGAUCGGAGUCCAAUGGUGAUGCGACCCCCAUCACGUACCUCCCAGGGCCUUGGAUCUCCCAGCUUGUCUGACACGCCCAUCACUUACCCUUACGACAUCAACCUCACCAGACGUGAUACUGAAGGUUUUGGAUUCGUCAUAUUGUCUUCCACGUUACAGUCUGGGUCAAAAAUAGGGCGUAUUAUUGAGGGUAGUCCGGCUGAUCGUUGCGGGCAGCUGAAUGUCGGGGACCGGCUUAUUGCUGUUAAUUCGAUAGACAUAACGACAAUGCACCACAAAGACAUUGUCAAUAUGGUGAAGGAUACGGGGAGAGUUUGCACUCUUACUAUUGGAUCGCCAGAGGAUCACGCAUCUGGAGGAAACUCACCUAGAGGCUCGGAUAGUAUGAUGAAUGCAUUGGCAAUGCCAGCAGAUAUCAAGGGAAGCGAUGCCAGUCUACGUCCAUCAAAUAUACAGAAAUCACCUGAAAAAAUGUACCAUGAUGAAAAGCGAGGGCAGGACCCACGGCAGAGACAGCCAAGUCGGUCAGAAAUUGGACCACCUUCACCAAGUAAAGGUACACUCCGGCGGGACCCAUCUUAUCCCGGUAACCCUGCUUAUAGACGGGAUGACCCACGUCUAACUCAUGUACCUCCCUCUCAAAUGAAUGGAAUGGACUACCGUGACCCAUAUCCAAAAACUGAACUUGAUAGACCUUCACGGUAUCCUCCACAUGGCGGUCCUUCACCAUCAUACAGAGAUGGUCCAUCAUAUAGAGAUGGUCCACCGCUACAUAGGGAUGGUCCUUCACCAUCAUACAGGGACGGACCGCCACCACAUCGUGAUGGACCACCUUAUCGGGAUGGCCCAUCACCAUCAUACAGAGACAGUCAGCCUUACUAUCGUGAUAAUCACCCACCUUAUCGUGAGGGUGCCCCUCCAUAUUGGGAUAGUCCAUCAUACAGAGAAGGUCAACCGCCACAUAGAGAUGGACCACAGGGCAGACCGAACUCACGGCCCACACCAGACAGAUAUGGGGCGAUGGAAAAAAGAGGAAGGCACCCUCAGUCACCCGAUCGAGGUCCGGGCAGGACAACUUACUUGUAUGAUGAUCGUCGGGAGGACUUUAAUCACCCAUCACAUGACCGAUUUAGUGAUCAGUACCCUUAUCCAGAACGCAAAACAUACUCGCCAUCAAACUCAGAGCGCUGGCACGAUGGCUACCACACGUCACCGCAUCCUAGAAGGCGCCCACCGCCUCACUUGGCAGACGACAGAAGGAACUCUCCCAUGCAGGACAGGAAGGGCUAUCCUAGUCCAAAGUCAAGGUCUCGUGAAGCUUCACUGAGCUCCAUGGUCAGCUCUCCACUGAAUGAAGUAGACACCGGAGACUAUUUUACAGUUGUUCUGGAUAAGGGGACGACAGGUUUUGGUUUUAGUAUUCGAGGGGGACGGGAGUAUCAGAACACGCCGAUCUUUAUUUUAAGAAUGGCACAUGAUGGUCCAGCAGGUAAAGAUGGAAGGAUCAAGGUCGGUGAUCGUUUGCUUGAGAUCAACGGUAUGAGUACAGAGAACAUGCUGCACACGGAGGCUAUCGCUGCGAUCAAGAGGGGUGGUAGCAGGUUACAUCUGAUCCUCAAGCGAGAUGAGGUAUCUCCAACAUUAGAGCGUCCCAUGAUGAGUCCACAGAACCCAACCCCAAUGUAUCGUAACCCGUUAUCAUCGCAGUCAGGACCCGGAUCAAAGUCCCCUGCAGAUAGCAGUGGUGCUAAGAACUUUGACCACUGGACUUAUCGUAGUUUACCAAGAAAUAUACGCCAUUGAAGACUGAUUAAGGAAAGGGUUUACUGAGCAAGGACAGAUGCGAUUUAGAUUAAUGAAAGAUUGAUUUGUUAAUCAUCCAAUGAAAAAAGCUGUUAUACCAGUUCUGGGCAAACAAUUCCAUAUUUGGAUAUGGUAUGGUGCCGGUCGUUUGGAGAUGCAAUAUUCAUGUCCCUGUGAAUGGGAACAAACACACAGUACUCAUUGUACAAGACUACUGCCAAAUUUCUUGUUAGAACUUGCGCUUGCUGCUGCAAAGAUAGUUAUUUGUGUCUAAGUAAUUGGUCAAAAUCAUGCUUCAAAAUGAUUGGACAGGAUCAUGCUUUGACAUGAUUGGACAGCAUCAUGCUUUCAACAUGAUUGGAGAGAAUUACUCGCGUCUUAUUUUGGAAACAUAGAUGAGAAAACAAGACAUUUGUGGAAUUUUUUGGAAGAGAUUUUCUUAGAUUAGAAAAGAAACCAGAUUUGUGAUUGGUUAUCGGUAGUAUUUAUUGGUCAUGUGACUUUGUGCUUGUAUGAGCGGUAUUGGUGUUGUUAUCCGCUCUGUGCAGUAUUGUCAUGCGUGGCUUAGGCCAGGAUAUAAUAAGGAUAUUAACCUUAGAUAGAUAGAAUGGUUUUAGGUAAGAAUGGUGUUUAAAAUAAUUAAUAAAUUAUAAUUUAUGUACAGGUAGAAUACCACUGUUGGUUUUCCUGAAUAGAAUUAACAAUCGUUUGAAUGGUUUCAAACAGGAUCUUCGUCUCAAACAGGAUCUUGUAAGUCCUGACUAGAUGAAAUUUACAGUAAAAAUAUAUGUGGGUAGAAAACCAUACAUUACUUUAUCAUAGAUACACAUAAAAUAACAACGUAAUUAAUGAUUACUGAUUAAUUAGUGAAAUUAACAAAGCAUAUCAGUAUGAUAAAAAUCUAGCAUGCAAAUAAUAUUAAUUAUGUUUUCUUUAUUCAUAUCCAUUUUAAAAUAUUUUUUUUUUAAAUUGUACUCUGAGAUAUAAAAUUCUGUAGCAAUUUUUCAUUUGGAUUUUAGAAAGUGUUGACCAUUGUAAUAUCUACCAUGCACUUUUAAACUAACUCAUUUGUUUUGUUUUAUAUGUAUACUGUUAAUUUUAUACUUUAUAUAUAACAUUUUUGUUAAUAAUCUUCAGUAAUAUUAAUUUUCCAUCUAAAUAUUUGCAUUUUUCAAAUCAAAUUCUUUCAUUUUCAAAUUUAAGAAUUGUAAAUUUGAUUUUUAUUUCCUAAAUGUCAACUUUUAGAACGUGCUUGGGUCUUAAAAUUUGUGUGUUUGCGUCUUUCACCUUUUUUUACAAUUUAUUUUUUAUUCUUGUGGUAGGGUAAAUAUUUUUUAUUAUGUUAUAAUGUUUUACUUUCAUUAUGCUCAGAACAAAUAAAUUGCACUUGCAGCAUCAAAGUCAAAUGAUGGAUCAAAAAGUGGGAUAAAUUUCUACAACACCCUGGCAACAAUGAUAAAAACAUGUUGGUUAUAACGUUCUACAUAUCAUAUGUAAAUUAUUCAAAAUAAGUAGCAGAAUCUGUGACAUAUUUAACUAAGAUUCUGUCUUUUAAUGUAUUAUAAAAAAAAUGAGACGUUGUUAAAAGUUGUACAUACUAAUAAACAUAGCAUACACUAAUUUUGAAUCAGAGCUGUUGAUGUCAGCUACUGUGUCAUGUGACUGUUCCGUGUUAAGAAUUCCCACCCAGGUGGUAACCAUUUUAUAUUACCAUAGCAACAUAGCAAAUCUCAGGAAGAGAUAUAUUCCAGUAGUUUAGUUCCAGAGUAAUUUUAGAAGCAUUCCCGGUCUUUUGCACAUAAUUCCACUUUACAUUAGGUAUUCCUAAGUAACAUUCAGAUGUUUCAUGGUUUUCUAUUUAUUAUUCAUAUUAUAAGUAUGACAUCAUUGAACAGAUUUUAAUCAUAACUGCAGGAUUUUCGUUUUCAUCCCAUCGAGUCACCCAAAGUGGUGGGGCUGUUAACAGAUCUUUGUUGUAAAGUCCAAUGUUAAUUCACAUAAAUAUUUGAUUCAUUGCUGUUGCUAUUUUAUUAUCUUUAGUGCAUGAGCUGCAAAAAUGUUGACUGUCAGUGUUGGGUAUUGUUUGAACUGUUGUAGUGUACAUACACAAAAGUGCACUCAAUCUUAUAACAUUAACAUUAGGACAGUGUUAAGAUUUUUUGGGGGGUGGGGUGGAACGGUGGUUGUGCAAAUGAACAGUGUUGAGUAUGCGAAAAAUUGUACAGUCACUUUUACUAUGCCAAAUAUAAUUUCUUUACAUAUAA